CAAAAGGUAUUGUGACUGAAUAGCAAAUUUGAUUCAAAAUUGUUCGUAAAUUAUUUAAGAAAAUUAUAUAAAAAUCACAUACGAACUGGAAGCAUCCCAUCCGCUGCGAGCAAAACACGAAAGCGGAUAAUAAGAUCAAGCUAAAAGAAAUAGAACAGAAUGGAUGCAGAGAAUACCAAAAAAGUCAACGACAACAGGGGCACCACUCACGAUGCGCCAGCGGAUGUAAAGAAGCAGUUAAACCUACAGAGACUUGCCGUGCUAGCAGCCGAAGCCGCUGCCAGAUUUAAAGCGGUACCGUCCAUGAGCAAGGACACCAAACCCACCUUAACAACGACAACAACAACGUCGCCCAUUGAGCUCGUGGCAAUUGCCAAACAGACAACCUUAAAUAUGCUCGGCCGCGAAUGUAGCGAUAAACCGCUCAGCCAAAAAUCUGAUGACUCCGACUGUACGCUACAGUCCGACCAAUCGGAAAAUAAUGCAAUGAAGACACUCGCCUUGCCAGAGACGGACGAGAAAACAUUUGUCGGCAAUCGGACUCUUGACCGCAUACUGCUGGCGCACUCGGAGCAAACAAUAACGACCGCGCAUGUGGAGCUCGACUGCAAUUCGAGUCAGCGUACUGCACACGAGCUCGUACUUCAGGCUGGUAGCGGCUGCAUCAAGCAGAUGAGCUUAACGGCGCUUCGAGAUGGCGCCAUUAUGCCAGGAGCGGAAGGCAAUGACUCAGCAGCGGCUGGCAAUGUAGAAGGCGCGCCACAGACUACACCCACAGGUUCCGUGCGCUCGAUCGGCUCGCUCGUUUGUCGCAUUUGUCACAACUCUGAAGAUCCCGAGAGAUUAGUUUCGCCGUGUUUGUGCAAAGGAUCGCUGACAUAUGUGCACAUCCACUGCCUGGAGCGCUGGAUUAGCACCUCGAGGAGCACCGUCUGCGAGCUGUGCCAGUUCCAGUACAAUACCGUGCAGACGCUGAGAUACACGUGCUUUCAAUCGCUGCGAAUGUGGUAUUCCCGCUCAAUGAGCCGUCGCGCUUUGCAGGAGGACUGCCAAAUGUUCUCGCUGCUCACGCUGGUCGCCUUCGGCAUAAUUGGAACUCUGCUCGUUGGCAUACAAUACUAUUUCUUGCAGGGGCAAUCCUGGCUUCUGAGUCGCAUGUGGACUAAGGGUUGGCUGAUAUUCUUCCUAUUCACAACGCUUACGAUUUACCUCGUAAAUAUUUAUAUGAUCCUCAAGUCACAGUUGAGCCCCUGGUAUAUGUGGUGGCAAUCGGCCCGUGACAUCAAACUAAUAUUGGAAAACCGCAAACCCUUCCAAUUUCGCCCGAAUCGACGGCUGCAGAACGAACAGCUCGCACAGCAGCUCUCCGAUAUGGCUGACAUGACACAGCAACAACAACAGCAGGCAACAACAACUGGCAUUGCACCGCAAGCUUCAGAAACGCACACGCCGCAACAGCCCUAUCACCCCAGCCCACCCAUACCGCCGACCUUUGCUGCCAUCAGUAUACCACCGGUGCACAUCGGCAAUACACUGGAGAGAGCUGAGCUGCCCGUAUCUCUAAGCGGCAUUGAGUUGCAACGUUGCGGCGACAAUGGCAACUUCGGUGCCGACGAUGUUGACACAUUGAGUUGUUGCGGCAAAGGACCGCGGGCAAUGGCUAGCUGCAAGGGGGCGGCUGUGGCUUCAGCUGUGGCCUUCCACUGCAAUAAACUGACAACGUCUGCCACAAUUGAGAUUCCGCUCGAGGGUUGCCUCUACGAAUUCGAAACGAUGCUUUAGCUGCGUGAUGGGAAAGUGACUAGCGGUCGGGGUAAGGAAGGCACAUCAUUGACAGUUGGUUAAUAUCGGAGAUCAUGCAUUCCGUGGCUUUUGGUGUGAAAGUUCGAAUAUAGGUGAACGUGUGCUUGGAGUGCUGCGCCCAUAGCGCUUACGGAGGUUCAAUUUCGCGUUGUUUCUGGCAUUAAAGGGUUUUCCGACAUUGAUGUGAGAACCAUGUAGAUAUAUAUACUAGAUGGAUGAAUGUAUUUGUGAGAAUGUGAAAUAUUUGGAAAUUCAAAUAUUGAGAACUUUUCGAGCAAAGAGUCAAAAAGCUAUCGAGGUCCACAAAAUCAUUUGGGAUAAAUUGAAAACAGGCGAUUUGUGUUCUUAUUUUAUUCUCUUUCUGUAUCUAGUCUCUGUUUUUUGUAACAUGUGUGUAUCUCUGGUACGUGUGUUCGUUUGUCUAUAAAAAUUAUUAUA